CUGAAACAGGAGCAGAAGUUCUCUGGAAAAUAUAUCAAUAAAUAUUUCUGAAAAUAGCUUAAUUAUAGAACACUUUUGCAAGAAUGUUCGAUAAAGUUGAACGUGCAGAUAAUGUCAAAACAAACUAGAAAUUUACCACACCGAUGCCAUUGCCCUUAAACCCGUGAGAUAUCGCCAAAGCAAACCCCAAUCUAUAUCGAUAUCUCAGGAAGUGCCCAAAUUUAUCUUAUCGCACCACCAGAAACAAAAUCAAAACAUUUCUCGGCCGUUCUUCUCUCGAGCCGAACUUUUCGAUAUCAGUCUUCAUUUGACCAUCCAACCGUGUACCUAGGAAACAUACCGACCCGUUCAAAUCACAAAAGGCGCGACCGCUAAUCCGCAAAGAUUCCGUCAACCCUGUCAUGUGAUUGCGACAUUUUUCGCUCUCAAGUCAGUGUCAGUGAAAAUCACCAGCCAUUGCAGAAAUGAUGGCCGACCAGCAGCGCUACCCGGUGGCCGAGCGGAACCGCCGUGCCAAGAUGCGCUUUCUCGAAGGCAUGAAGACCUACUACGAAGGCAAACGGAAGACUUCGGUCGAAUCGCUCCAGUCGGAGUCCGCCAAGAGUGUGGCCUCCGCGGUGGUGCCGAAGGUGGAUCUGACCGUACCGGGGACACCGGUUUCAUCGCGGUAUCUGCGACUGAGACGCGAAUCGGAAUCGCAAGAGGUGGAGGUUGCGCAGGUGGAACCGGUGCCACUGCCGAGUGAGUUCGUUGUGAGCAGUUUGGUGAUUGAUAAGUUCCUGAAGGAUAUGAAGGGUUUGGGGGGAGAGGUGGAUGGACACGAGCGGCACGCUGAGGUGGUGAAUUUGAAUAGCGAUGGAUCGGAGGAGGAGGAGAAGGAGGAGUCGAAGGUGGAUGGAGACGUGGCAGAGCAGUACUUCAAGGAAUCGGAGCAGAAGCACACGUAUCAUAGGACGUUCAGUGAAGCGGUGCAAACGUUGCACAGUUCGGAGGUCAAGAGCCCUGUUGUGAAGAGGUAUUUCGAAGAAUCUUCGGCAAAGCAUACGUACGCGAGGGAUUUCAACGAAGCGGUUAACGAGUUGAAUCCAGCUGUGCUGGAAGAUGACCCUCUGAGAAAUGACUCGGCAAAAAUCACCAAGGGGUACAAAUCGUCAGUACCGGGAACACCGAUCAGCUCGAAGCAUCUAGAUAGGUACAAAAAGCGAAAUUACAUAAGCGAUUCCUCGGACGAUGAAGACGAAGACGAUACGACGGACAAUCGCAACAAGUCGAGUCUGGCCGAUCCGUUGGAUAAGUUCAUCAAAGAAAUGGAAGCAUUGAAGGCAGAAAAGCCUGACUUGAGCAAGGUGAGCAAUCGGCGCGACAAUCCGUUUUCAGUAGACGAGUACUUGAAUGCUUCGGAGACGAAUAAAAGCUAUGCCAGAACGUUUUCUGAGGCAGCGCAAACUCUGUAUUCUACUGAAGUGAAAGACCCGAACAUAAAGGAUUACUUUGAACAAUCUGAGGCGAAGAAGACAUUCCGCAGAGAGUUUUCCGAGGUGUAUCAAGAAAUCAAACGGGAAGAGCCGCCAUUGCAUCCGGUGAAACCGGAAGUCGUCGAGCAGGUUGAGCAGAAGAAGGAUACCGAAAAAGUACCAGAGCGUUACGAAUCCCUGGAACAGUUGCUGGGAACAUUCGUUCCACCCAAAAUUGAGAAGAAACCAGUUUUGAAUGACUUCUCGGUCAAUUCUUAUAUGACUUCAUCAGAUGCAAAUAAAUCCUAUGCCAGAAGCUUUUCCCAAGCUGUGCAAACUCUGCACACAACUGACGUCAAGGAUCCAUCUGUCAGAGAAUACUUCGACCAGUCAGUGGCAAAAAAUGCCUUCCGAAGGGAAUUCUCCGAAGUUUACCGAGAAGUGGACAUGAAAGAGAUUGCACGUGACAUUCCUCCUUCCAAGUCGGCGUCAUCUGACCAGCAGCAGAAAGAUAACAAACAAAGCGAAAAUCCAAUUUCUCGCUCCAAUGCCGCUGAUGGAUUACCACCAGUAGAUGUUCCGCAAAAGCACCUACCGCAGAGAAGUAUCUCCGUGCCCGGAACUCCCAUCAAUUCGAGAAACCCAAGGGAGAAGCCACCACGCUCCGUCGAAGCAAAACCAGAAAGAGAUGGCGAAGUGACGGCGAAGGUGGGCAGCCAGUCGGAGAUGUCAGCGGUGGAGCAUGCGGACAAUACGGCUUCUGCUGCGGUACGAGGUCGUGCAGUGUCGGCCGCCGAGAACAACAUGGACAAGGCGUUUUGGAUGAGCUUUGGGUCAUCGUAGAGGGGAGUUGUUGAAGUCGGUACUUGUUAAGUUGUUUUUGAUUGCUGAAUAAAGGAAAUUUGUUGA